UCUCUCUGCGAUUGAUGAUGAUGGCGGCGCAAGUGGAGAUCGUGGACAACGGCGAGAUGAUCGAUUCACUCUCCCCCCACACCUCCGGAGACUACUCAUCAACGAUUCUUCUCCGCGAGGAAAACCACGAAUACGACGUCGUCAAGAACUGUUUCCUCUCCGGGAUGGGUCUCCACGCCGCCGAAACCACCAUCGUCUCCGUGCGCAAAACCUCCGCGCAGAGAAUCACAGCCAAGGCGAAGCUCGCCGCGUCAAACGUCUUCGCGGAGGCUAUGAAGAGGAAGAACGGCGGAGACGCUAACGUGAGGUACGGAUGGCACUCCGGCUCCAAGGAAGAGAUCGAACGCAUCGUUUCGUACGGGUUUAGCAGCAGCGAGGUCGAGAAGGACGAGAAGGACGGUCGAUCUCACGGCGUUGGAGUCCAUUUUCUUCAUCAUAAAUGCUCUCUCGCUGCGGCUGUACUUGGUGAAGCUGACGAGGAAGGGAUACAACAUCUUCUCUUGUGCCGUUUGAUACUUGGCAAACCUGAGAGAAUCAUAUCUGGAUCUAAGCAAUCGUACCCAAGCUCGAGUGGGUAUGAUUGUGGUGUGGAUAAUCUCGAGAAUCCGAGGAAGUAUGUGAUAUGGAGCUGUAACAUGAACUCUUACAUCCUCCCUAGUCAUGUCGUGAGCUUCAAGUCUCCUACGCUAAGAGGUCUUAUUAGAGGUGGUGGUGGUUUGGGGAGAGCGAGGUCUCCAUGUGUUAGCUUCCCAAUACUCAUGUCUAUACUUUCAAAGUCACUGGACCGUCCAAGAAUGAACGUGAUCCUGACAACUUAUGUUGAUUUUCGGAAAGGGAAAGUGAGGAGAGAGCAGCUGAUUAGGAAGAUGAGGGAAGUGGUUGGGGACGAACUUCUUUUGGAUAUAAUCAAGAACCAUAGAAAUUCAGACUAGUAUUUUGAUCAGAGGUACUGACGUCAAAGAUAUGCCAGAUUAGGCCAAAGUUAAAGCAAAGCAGGACUUGAUGAUGGUGCAUAAUAAUGGAGUAGGUUGAAAAAGAAGAUGCAGGUUUUAGACAAUAGUAUAUAUAGAAUAUAUGAUAUGUUAGUUAGUGUGUGUUUAUGGGUUUAACCAAUCGGAUCUUACGCACAAAAACACUUUAAAUAGACUUUGUUAAAUAGUCCAAUCAGAUUACCUUCUCUUGCUUGUGGAUUUCUAAUUUGAUUGGAGGAAUGAAUAUGGGAUUCACAGCAACUGUGAUUCUACGGAAUUUGAUAUAUAAUA